UGCGUUCGUACUGGUACGUACGAAGAAAGUUUCACAACAAAACUUCGAAAGUGCAAAACACCAUCCCUAAUACACUUCAGGUAGGUGCGCACAUACUGUACCGUUAUUGCCAUCACAAGUUUUUUGAUACAGCCUGAAACAUCUUGUUCGUGUUCGACUGAAUAAGCUGGUUGAAACAGAAACCUCUUUGUCAUUCGGGUGGUCGGCUCCAUCGCAGAUAGAACUCGGUGGCGAUCAACGGCAACUGCUCACUGGAGGUUCGCAGCAAGGCAGAGACUCUAUAGGGAUCAUUCGGAUGGCAGUUUCGCUUCCGCGUUCACGUUUGAUCGUUUUUUUCUUGAAUAUUUGCAACGCUGUGGCUUUUUCCAGGAAAAUGGGAAAUCCUAAGAGUCCAAACAGCAUCAGCAUCGGCGGCAACGAGGGACCGAAAUGGUGCGAAGCCAGCCAGAUUUACAUCGGUGGGGUUCCCGAGAACGAAGAAGUCCAGAAGCUGAUCGAAGAGAGUAACGGUUCCGUGAAAAUAUUCGGAUACGGCAGUCUUUGUUGGAACCCGGGAGCCGACGGAGGCUUGUCGAAGGCCUCCCAGACGCUCGGGCGGGUUAAGGGGUACAAGCGUGUCUGGUCCCAGCGUUCUACCGACCACCGCGGGACGGUUCAAUUCCCCGGCAUUGUAUGCACAUUGCUAACGAAAGACGAAUACCAUUCGGUGGUAGAAUCUGUGGCAAAAGGUUCCGGAUCUGACGAAGGCGCCCUUUCCCCGAUCGAUGGCACCCAUGACAACGAAACAAAGGAUUACGCUGAAAGCAUGGUGACAGAGGGGUUGAUAUUCAGCGUUCCUCCAGAGCUUGUCCAGGAAACCCUGGCAGAACUGGACUUUCGAGAGAAGGGUGGAUACGCAAGGGACGUCUGCGAAGUGGUAGAAGAGGGGAGCGACAAAACGUACAGGGCGUUGUUGUAUCGCGGGACACCAGACAAUCCCGCGUUUUCAUCUCGAUGCCUCGUCGACCUUCCGUUUUCGGCAGCAAUCAUGUCUGCCUCCGUCGGCCCGAGUGGGUGAGUCUAGUCAAAUUUGCUCGCGAAUGUCAUCGCCGGAGCGGCUAAACUUGUCCUUCAUUGGUUUUUACUAUCAACACGUACUGCAUUCUAACGCAAUGAAAAUCUGCUUGUUUUUGUCUUGGGUAAAAUGCACCAUUUUUAUUUUUUUGUGCGAAGCCCCAAUGAUAUCUACUUGAACAAUUUGGACGGAUUCCUGGAUAGAAUAAAAAACUCUGCUGCCC